AAACUAGUUGCUGUGGCAGGUCGACUGUGUUGGCAGCAGUGGGCAAGAUGAAAGCAUCUGACUACUUCCGAGGGAUCACCGUCGAGCCUACAAUAUUCCUCAACGCUUUGGGGCUCGCUUUCUCUGCCUUGACUGUUCAAAACCUCUUAGUGCAAAAGACAUGCUAUCCUGACAUCCAACCUCCCAUCGCUCUUAUAUGUAAUGACCCUCUUAAGGUCGGAGAAGCCACAGAUAUAUUAUUCGCUAGGAUAACACUUCGAUCAGUGUUGUCUGCCAUAGCAGUUCCUCUUUUAGGUUCUUGGAGGGAUGCUACCGGAAAAAACAGACUACUCACAUAUCUGGCAUUGGUCUCCGAAAUGGUCAUUGCGUUUAUGUAUCUCUUAAGCUCAUGGAAUUGGUCCAUAUCCCCUUGGAUAGCCAGUAUUACUGAAGCCAUACUGGGAGGAAUAUGUGGAGAAAAUAUCUUACAUUUAGUAUCGACUUGUGUCAUCAGUGAAAAUUCGAAGCCAGAGGACAGAACAUUAAGGAUUCAGUUAAAUGUUGUAGCAACACUGCUUGGAGCCGGAAUAGGAGCAGCUGUCAAUGGUUUCAUAUUAACUCCGAUUGGCUACGAGUGGUUUUUUACGAUAAUCAUUGCUCUCAAUAUGAUGGCUCUAAUAUUUGCUGUAAUUUUCGUCAAGGAUGCAAAUCGUGACCUGACAGUAAAAAAGAAAUGGAUAUUUGUUGAAAAAUUAAAUUAUGUAUUUCAGACCAGACCUAACAAUUCAGUGAUUUGGAUAAUGCUGGUUUGUGUAUCCCUGGCGGGAACUUUUCAGUCAGCUGAAAAUAAUCUUCUUCUAUAUUAUCUCCAACAAGGCUUCCAAUUUUCAAUGAUCGAAACUGGACUAUUUGGAUCGUAUAAACUUACCAUUUGUGUGUUGGGUGCAGUAAUAAUGACUCCUGUAUUUAUGAAAGUCCUUAAAUGGUCAGAUUUUAGAGUUGGCAUCAUAUGCUCCUUUUUCACUAUAUUGUCCUCUUUGUGUAUGAUACUUGUAAAAACAAAACUUCAACUAUAUUUACUUUGUUUAUUGGAUGUCUUGAAAAUGAUACCGAUGUCAUUGCCAAAAUCUAUCAUCAGUAAAUGUGUUCCAAGCGACGAAUUAGGAUCAUUCCUGGGUGUUGGAUCCGUGCUAGGAAUCAUCUUACCAUUUAUUGUAAAUUAUUUAUAUAAUACCAUAUUUUCUGCUACAUCUUCUAAAAUGCCAGGUGCUUUCUUUAUAAUAAGUGCUAUUGGAAAUUUUAUUGUUCUUAUUUUGUACAGCCUGAGUUCAUGCUUAUUCAAGGAUCCUUCCGAAAAACGUCUUGAAACAACCGAAAGCGUUAUGGAUGUUGGAAAUUGGAAACAUUUUGAUCCUGAAGAUAAAUAUAAACGAUUCUGAUAAAAUUGUCAAUAAACUUGUUAACUUAUUAGGAAGUUGUUAAUUUUUAUCACGCCACAUCAACAUUAAGUUAUGACUAACUGUGUCUCACCAUUUUAUUUAAAGCACUUCUAUAUAUGUAUAAAAAAAUGUAUUCUCCAUAAACUUCUUUCCCAUAUCUGUCCAAUCCCUCAAAUCGAAGUUAUUCUCUUUAACCAUUCACGCAAAUAAACGUAGUAAAUAAUGCUUAUAAUAUAUGAUUAUUUGCAUUAAUUUUAUAAUAAAUUUUACAUUACUU